GAGUCAUCAUGAACACCGUCAUCAUCCGCCCAGGUAAAUACCUGUGUCUGGAGCUGGACGUCAUCCCCGUCCUCCUCCGGCUGCUGUCAGAGGAGGAGGAUGAGGAGCGGAAGAAGAGGAGGAAGACUCUGGUCAUCUACUGCCUGAGGGCCCUUACGGGGCUGUCCGAGGCCCCGGAGGGCCGCGUCAUCCUGAGCAAUGAGCUCCCCCUGCUGGAGCGGAGGAGCAACGAGCAGGACGAGGACGUGCGGCGCGCGGCGCAGACCGCCAUCAAGGUGGUCACCUGGAAGCCCUGACCGAACCACCGACCCGGUUCUGCUGGCCCAAAGGCCGGAAGGGUCCACCCGACAGGAAAUAUAGAACUACAAAACUA